AUGCAGGUGCAGUCAGAGGGCCACUGGGACUGGAGUCGUCUGAAAGCUUGGCUGGGGAGGAAACUCACGCGCUUGGCAGCUGCUGCUGAAUAUCAGGCGGCAGCUCAGCUAGAGCUGCCAACUACGGCUCCUCCCUGUGGCCCCAGCAUGUGCAUUCUGAAGGGGAGUUCCCCAAGGAUGAGUGUUUUAAGAAGUCCAACGAGAAGCUGA